AUGUCUUCUUCCUAUAUUCUUCUCGCCAACUUGAGAGCAGGCCGUUGCUCAAACACCGCUGAAGUGCGUCUUCUGAGGUUCUGGGAAGCUCGCAACUCUACGCUGAUACACGGGAGCAUCAACUCAAGCCGCAUUGACACUUUCCGGAGGCGGCUCAGUGAAGGCUCCGUUUACUUUCUCAGUGGUUUCGACAUCGCACGGAGUAACCCAAAAUUCCGACUCUUUGACUCUCCGGUGUCCAUACGCUUCAAUGAUGAAACUUUUUUUGAAACAAAAACUGACUCGGACAAGGACAUUCCGACUGAGUUAUUCAGAUUUCGCAGCCACGAACAGCUUCUGACAUUGGCAAACACUAACAGAGAUCUCCCAGAUAUCGUUGGUGAAGUAAGUUCCGUCAGGAGCACGAUCACCGACGGUCUACGCGGUCCUCAGCGUGUAAUGAUGACUCUGCAUUUGGAAGGGGAUGUCAAUGUUUGUGUCAGUAUGUUUGAUGAUCGUGCUGUAACUUUCCAAACUAAGUUUGACGAGCACAGCUCUGAGCCAAAGGUUAUACUCUUUACAAACAUCAAUCCCAAAGUUGUUGGAGGGAAGCUUUUUCUCAACGCUACGUCUGGUACCUACUUUUAUUUCGACUGUGAAACAUCAGCUGGAAAAGAGCAUUAUGAAAGGCUGGUUGGUGAUAGAGCCAAUGCGAGCUCUUCUAAAUCAAAAGUGAAUAUUGAGUUUCUGUGCAAGGCCGAGGUAACCAAUCUUCAGUCGGAGAAGGGAUGGUGCUAUAUUGGAUGCUCCAAAUGCGCAAAGAAGCUUCAGCCGGAUGAAAUAUCUUUCACUUGUCUCUCAUGUGAUAGGGAAAACACUACGGGUGUAUUAAGGUAUCGUGUGGAGUUCUCGGUGGCGGACCAUACGGAUGAGGCUGUAUUUGUAGCAUUUGACAUAGAGAUUGCUAAGCUAACCAACAUCCAAGCAUCUGAGGCUGCGCAUAUUUUGGGUGCGGGUGUGGAUGCUAGAGUCGACAACGACUUCCCUCCGUUCUUGAAUGAAGUAGUUGGAAAAACUUUCACUUUCCAGCUCAAGUUAGGGGAGUUCAACUUCACCUCCAAACACCAGAGCUUCACCGUCUCCCGUAUAAUAAGUGAACACGAGAGAGCGCCAUUGCCAGCGUUUGUUAACGAUGGGGAUAAUCAUGGGCCCGAUGACAAUGGAGAUGGUGCGGAACUAGCAGAUUGUGUGGCACAAAAAAUUGAUGAGAGUACCGUUGUCAACAACAAGGCAUCCGCAUCAAAUGUCCCAUAUCACGGUCCUCAGGCUGCAAACAAACAGAAGCUUGUCAAUGAUGGGAACGUGAAGAAGAAGGCACGCAAGGAGUAG